GAUGCCGGCUGCGCGGGUGUGUGUUCAGGGAAGGAUAUGGGUGGGACCCAGGGGGCAGCGGAGCCCCGAGGCCUCAGCAGCCGGGGAGGGCCCCGCGCUUCCGCCGCGCCGCCCUCGGGCCCGACAGGGCCCCUGGGACGGGACAGAGCCCCUGGGACGGGACAGAGCCCUCGGGCCGGGACUUUGGUGGCCAGGACAGCGCAGGCAGCGGAGCCAUGAGCCCGACAGAAACUACAAAGGAUAUCCUUGUGAUAUAUGAACAAGAAGCAGAAGAGUGGGCUCUGUACUUAAAAUCUCUUUUUGGACUCAUAGCGAACGAAGAAGGAAUCUUACUCUGCGAUCUAGAGAAUUCAUCUUUCAAGCACCAGGAGCUACUCUGUUUACCAGCUUAUAAGUGUAAACUCCUGAUACUCUCAUGUGGACUUCUUAACUGCCUGAAUCAAAAGAGAAGUUAUUUUCUGGAACAAGUUCUAAAACCUCCGGAUAAUGUGGUAAUUCUGCGUUGCGGAGUGGAGAAUUCAGAGAUCCUUUAUGAGAUACUGACCUUAGCUGGAGGCAGCAAAGAGAUUUCUACUGAUCAGAAACCUGAGGAAUAUAUUUCUGUUGUUAAAGAAAUUAUUCAACCAGAUAAACCAUGGGAUGAAAAUCCUGGAGACUCUGUGUCUUACAUCUAUGAACCAGUUCUUAUAGAUGAUCACCAGACUAUCUCUGAUGUUAACUUGUCAGGUAUCACAGGAGCAUCAGAAGAAACAAACUUCACUUUUAAAACAGAGGCACUUUCUGAAAGAUUAGAAAGUAACAAGCAGUCAAUAUUGGUGCUUCCGAGAAGAGUAUCAUGUGAGAACCCUGGUGAAAUAUUCAUUCUGUUGAAAGAGGAAAUAGAUGAAGAAACUCUAGAAAUUGAAUUCAUAACAGAUAAUCAACGAAUUAGAACACAGACAGCCUCUUGGAACCAGAAUGUCAAAUAUGUGAAAGCCCUAAAUUUUCCUGCUGGCCCUGUAUAUGUAAAUGUCUACUCUGGGGGAGUCAUUAAGACGACAGCACAGAUUGAAUACUAUACUGCACUAGAGGAAAUUGAACCCAUUUUAAAGAAAGUGGCCGACCCAAUAGCUUUCACUUGUCAGCAGGCAUUGAAAUUUUCUUCUGUAGAGAAGGUAGACAAUGUUCUGACUUCAUUACUGAAAAGCAAAAUAUCUACUUAUGAAUUCAGCCCAUUCCAAAGUGAAGAAGAACACCAUCACCAAGCUAAUAGCCAUUUGGAAGAAUUUCCUACUCUGCUUCACUGUGCAGCCAGAUUUGGUUUGAAGAAGCUUGCAACAUGUCUACUCUGCUGCCCUGAGGCCACACAGGCUUGCAAAAUAACCAAUAAAUAUGGAGAUGAUCCAGAAAGUAUUGCAAAGAAGCAUGGGCACAAGGAAUUAAGAAAAUUAAUCAAAGAAUUGUCAAAUUGUGCAGCAAGUGAUUUCACUAAUUGCAAGGAGGAAGUGGAACACAGCAACACUUUUGAUCUUAUGUUAGGCUCAGAAACUCCACCAGCCGUGGCCAAGCAGAACUCAAGAGAUCAAUAUGCAGUUGGAUUGAAAUGCCAACAAGAAGUCAAGGUGGAUGAGGAAAAGAAGAAUGACCUAAAAGACAGCAGAGAGGAGACAGAAUAUGAAAAUGAAGAGGAGGAGGAUUCAUACAGCAUUCACAACAGUCCUGGCAGUUUGUAUGCCAAUGUAGGGGAUGAGCUCAAAGAGAGCAGGAGAGAUUGCUUUUUCUGCAAGAGGCCACCCCCUCCUCCCCCUCGAAAUCUGCCUGGCGUCCAAAGACAGGACAAUCUGCAUAAUUCAUUACAAGCACAAUUCCUUCCUUUUUCAGAGAGGAAUUUUGUGAUGGACAGGAGUAAAAGAGAACAGGGUGAUGGACUCAUAACUGCAUGCUGCGAAGACCAAGGUACCUGCGAGGAGGACAGCAAGGAGGAGCAUCCCUACACUUGUGUGGCACUGGAUGAAUGUGUGUACAACCUCAUCCUGGGGCAGGAGGAGCAGGAGGAGGAGAAAAGGAAGCACUGCAGGUCCUUUAUCAUGAACAGGCCUCCAGCCCCUGCGCCUCGGCCCGUGUGUUCGCUGCUCAGAGAGGACAACACUCCCUACAUAGUUCAAGUGUUUCAGCAAAAGGCCUGUCGAGUGACCAGUGACACCAGCAGGACAUACUGUGAGGCCAAGAAUCCUGAAGCACACAGAAGCCACACUGAGACAGUAACUUGCAGCACUGUUGUACACAAGAUCCCUCCUGAACAGGAAGAACUCAUCCACUUGCAGGAACAGGUGAAAAAAGGGGCAAUUUCCGUGGAUGAAGCCCUUGACAGAUUUAAAGAGUGGCAGAACAAAAAGCAGAGACUGCCAUCCACUCAACAGGAAAAAGUACAUCACCUUAGAGACACCACUGUCAGAAACAGACAAGAAAAUGAAAACCUGAAUGGUAAUGAGCAAGACAGAGGCCCCAGAGGACAAUCUAUAACUCAGCUGGACUUCAGGAGACAAAUACUGCAUUAAGCAAGUGUUAAGCUUGAUUUAUUAUUAUUGGUGGUGGUGUUACUACAACUGUUAUUAUUUCAAUGCCAGCAACUUCUAUAAUGGUUGAAGUCUACAGCUAGGAGCCCAAGAGACAAGGAACAGAUGCCUAAUUACCCAAGGUAGCAUUUCUCAGCAUUACCUGCAGGGUGGUUCUCCAGCCAGCUGCACAUCAGUUUCCUCUGCUUGGCAUCCCACACAUGUUCCAGCUGUGCCUUGGCAGCCCCAGGCUCCAGCCCAUCCUGCUGUGACACUGCCAUGGGAUUAUUGCUGCACUUCCAGUGCCUUGGAUUCUCUCACCAGGACCAGCUCUGGAAGAAGACCAGUAUCACUAAAGCAAAUUAAUAAUGUUUCCUGUAAAGUCAUUACCGAAUUUUACACUCUUUCUUUACUUUUUCCAAGAUGACAGCUGACAAUUUAUAUGAAGAUGUAUUGCCUGCUUUGGUUAAUAAUUUUUCAAGUCAUUUCAGUUUUUCCAUUGUGCUUGAUAAGUUGUUUAAAAGUAGAUUUUAUGCAGAAAAGAAGAAGAUUGUAAAAGGCUAUGAAGAUUAUUAAGUGAAAGUAAAUAAAAUUUAGCCUUUACUUUUUGUUGAAACAUUUUUAUAUUCACUCUGUAUAAAAAAUCGUCUGUAUAAAAAUGGUCAGAGGAAUAAUUGUAUUUCAUCACCAAUUCAAGUAAUUGUAAUCACAUUAAAGCUGAUUUUUUAAGCCAAACUGUGUAAACCAGUACUACUUAUCUACUAAUGUAUUAAAGUGAUUCUGAGAAUUUGGUUUACAAGGAAA